AUGAAUUUAUUCAGAUUAUCGGUGGCUUUGAUUAAUGAAAUUCAUAGAUUAUGUGCCCGGUUUUGGUGGGGUUUAGACAAUGAGAAGCGUCGUAUGCAUUGGUGUACUUGGGACGGAUUGUGUUGGCAUAAGGCGGAUGGGGGUCUUGGUUUUAGGAAUCUCUCCUUAUUUAACCAAUCUUUGUUAGCAAAGCAAGCAUGGCGUAUUCACAAUGAUCCAAAUUCUUUGGCUGUUAAAGUUGUUAAAGGGAUUUAUUUUGCGAACACGUUUUUAGCGAAGGCCAAGAUGUCAAAGAGGGCUUGUGUUUUUGUGAAAAAGUAUGAUGUGGAGUCAUGA